AUGCAGCUCCUCUCAACACUCCUUCCCAUCCUGGGCCUGUCCCUAUCCCUCUCUCUCCCCACCACAGCCUACGUGCUGCAAGACGACUACGGCACCUCAAAUGCCUUCUUCGACCAGUUCACCUUCUUCACAGACACCGACCCCACCCACGGGUUCGUGAAGUACAUUGACCGUGGCACCGCCCAGAACGGCGGCUUGGUCUCCGCAGACGGCGAGUCCGUCUACAUGGGCGUGGAUUUCAAGAACCAAGCCAGCGGGGGACGCCAGAGCGUGCGCAUCAGUAGUAACAAGAGCUAUAACCAUGGCUUGUUCAUUCUGGACUUGCAGCAUAUGCCGGGUGGGAUCUGCGGGACUUGGCCUGCUUACUGGCUCCUCGGCCCCAACUGGCCCAACAACGGCGAAAUCGACAUAAUCGAAGGCGUCCACGAACAAGCCACAAACCUCAUGGCCGGCCACACCUCCGACGGCUGCACAAUCGCCAACACAGGCUUCUCCGGCUCCCUCCAAUCAAGCAACUGCUACGUCUCGGCCCCCAACCAAGCCAGCAACGCCGGCUGCAGCAUCUCCGCCGGAUCCGCGCAGUCCUACGGGACCGGGUUUAACAGCGCCGGCGGCGGCGUCUACGCGACGGAGUGGACGGGCUCCGCGAUCAGUAUCUGGUUUUGGCCGCGCAAUGCGAUCCCGGGGGAUGUUUCAGCGGGGAAUCCUAACCCUGCUGGGUGGGGGACGCCUGUUGCUAAGUUCGCCGGGGGAUGCAAUAUCGAUGCGAAGUUUAGGGACAUGCAGAUUGUCUUCGACACAACCUUCUGCGGCGACUGGGCCGGCUCCGUGUGGAACUCGGGCUCGUGCGCCUCCAAGGCAGGCUCUUGCACUGACUUCGUCGCGAAUAACCCCGGUGCUUUCCGCGAUGCGUAUUGGCGGAUUAAUUCGCUGAAGGUGUAUUCGCAGUGA